CCAUACUCUCGACAAGUCAAACACUCUGCAUUUCCCACAAUCACCACCCUCUCUCUCUUCAACUAUUCCCAUUUCACAUCCAUAAAAGCACCCCCUCUGCUACACCAUCCUCCACAACUUUUUCCCUCUCCUUAUCUCUGCUCAUACUUAAUCAAAGUCCAUUAAUGGAAGGAGGGAACACUACUACUACUACUGAAUAUCGAAAAGGGUUGUGGACAGUGGAGGAGGACAGAAUUUUAAUUGAUUACAUAAGGGUUCAUGGCAAAGGAAAGUGGAAUCGUGUUGCGAGAGUCACAGGGCUGAAGAGAUGCGGCAAAAGCUGCAGAUUAAGAUGGAUGAAUUAUCUCAGUCCUGGCGUUAAGCGUGACAAUUUCUCGGAGGAAGAAGAUGACCUUAUCAUUCGCCUGCAUAAGCUACUUGGCAAUAGAUGGUCCUUAAUUGCUGGUCGGGUCCCCGGAAGGACAGAUAAUCAAGUGAAGAAUUACUGGAACACUCAUUUAAGCAAAAGGCUUGGGGUAAAGAAUGGAAAAUUCAAAGCCAGUGCUCCUUCUCCAGGAUUCUCCACCAAGGAAUUAAGGGAAGAUUUCAAUGCCUCGUCAAGUGCUGAAACUGCAACCAAUCCUGCUUGUACUAAUGGUGUUGUUGCAGACCAUGAUGCCAUGGAAAAUGGAUCUAAGAGUACUGCAAUGGAGCUUACUAGCAAUCAACAAAGAAUGCCAGCGGGUGAAUGGGACAGUAACCCUUUUUUGUUCUUGAAUGAUAUUGACCCAAAUCUUUAUGCCCCUCAGUUUAUGGAAUUCCUAGAUGAGUCUCUUGAUUUUGUUUGGCAUGAUUUUUAAUUUACUUUUUCAUUUUGUAUCUCAAAUAAAAAAACCCUUAAUUUGUUUUUUA